AUGUCUCACACUCUUUCGCAAAAGUAUCUUAGCACGCGGGGUGCCUCUUAUGGGCUGUCCUUUGAAGAUGUCGUUCUCAAGGGACUGGCCUCUGAUGGCGGCUUGUUCAUCCCCGAAGAGAUUCCGUCCCUCCCAGAGGGAUGGGAGACUGAGUGGCGUGAUCUGAGCUUCGAAGAUCUUGCUUUCCGUAUCAUGUCGUUGUACAUCUCAUCGAGCGAAAUCCCUUCCGAAGACCUCAAGGAUAUCAUCAGACGCUCGUAUGCCACGUUCCGCCACCCUGAACGCACCCCUCUGGUCGAAUUGGACGGAAAGCGCAACCUGUACCUGCUCGAGCUGUUCCACGGCCCAACAUUCGCCUUCAAGGAUGUCGCGCUUCAAUUCCUUGGCAAUCUGUUCGAAUAUUUCCUCGUGCGCAAGAACAAGGGCAAGGAGGGUAAGGAUAGACACCAUCUGACUGUCAUUGGCGCCACGAGUGGAGAUACUGGCUCUGCCGCCAUCUAUGGUCUUCGCGGCAAGAAGGAUGUCUCCAUCUUCAUUCUUUUCCCCACCGGAAGGGUGUCGCCUAUCCAGCAGGCUCAGAUGACAACAGUGCUGGAUGCCAAUGUACACAACCUGACCGUUGAAGGCUCCUUCGACGAUUGCCAGGACAUUGUCAAGGCGCUGUUUGCGGACCCCGAUCUCAACUCCACCCACAACCUGGCCGCUGUCAACUCUAUCAACUGGGCUCGUAUCCUGGCUCAGAUCACAUACUACUUCUACUCAUACUUUGCCCUGACCAAGACCCCUGGUUUCUCCAGCGACACCAAGGUGCGCUUUGUCGUGCCCUCGGGCAACUUCGGUGACAUCCUUGCCGGCUGGUUCGCUAAGAGCAUGGGUCUCCCCGCUGAGAAACUGGUCAUCGCUACCAACGAGAACGACAUUUUGGACCGCUUCUUCCGCAGCGGCGGCCAGUACACCAAGAAUACCACUGAGGCCGAGGGUGUCAAGGAGACGCACAGCCCUGCCAUGGACAUUCUCGUCAGCAGCAACUUCGAGCGUCUUCUCUGGUUCUUGGCCUUCCAGACGGAUGGCACAAGCUCCGCCGACGAGAGACGCAAGCACGCUUGCGAGAGCAUCAGCGACUGGCUCACCGCGCUCAAGACCAAGGGCGGUUUCCGCGUCCCCGAGGCCGUCCUCGCCGCUGCCAAGGCCGAGUUCGAGAGCGAGCGUGUCAACAACGACGAGACCAUCGCUCAGAUCAAGUCCACCUACACCUCCUGCUUCCCCUCCAACCUCGGCGACGGCAGCGCCAAGAGCUCUAAGACGGGCGGCUACAUCCUCGAUCCCCACACCGCCGUCGGCGUGCGCGCGUCCCUGCGCUCGAUCGAGCAGAACCCCGAGAUCAAGCACAUCUCGCUCUCCACGGCUCAUCCGGCCAAGUUCGCCAGCGCCGUCGACCUGGCCCUGCGUGAUGAGGAUGGCUACGAUUUCACCGAGGUUCUUCCCCAGGAGUUUGUUGGGCUCGAGCAGCGGGAAAGCAGAGUCACCCCUGUCCGCGCCGGCGCCGGCUGGGUGGGUGUCCGCGAAGUCGUCAAGGCGGAGGUGGAGCAGGAGCUGCAGGGCUUGCGGUGA